CACGCAUUUGGUAAACAAACAGAAGAGUCGAAUCGCUCGAUAUAGAAUGUCAAUCGGUAGUGCUUCUUGCUACACCGUCCGGCAAGAAAUUAGAAAUUAAAUGCGGUACGUUAACUGUCAUAUAUCGCGAUUCCAUCUAAUUCGAAACGUUCUGAUAAGGUAUACACAUGUAACGUAUGCCUGGAACUAUAUGCGUACAGUACGUUUAGCUAGUGUAUCGUUUGACAUCACGUGACGCGAAUAAUAUAUCGUAAUGAGCAAAACUAGAAAUAUCUAAAGCAAUUGCAUGUUCUGUCGUUCCGAGGAAUAUACAUACGCGUCGUACAAUUGUUUGACAUCCCGUAAAAGACGGAAGUAGCGGUUGUGUAUCCGUGGUAAAAAGGUAAACAGAAAUUUUAUCGAGUGACUCAUCGAGAAUAUGCGGUUAGAAGAGAUGCCAUUGCGUUUGAGCUCGGACGAGCGGGAUUUUGAAAUGGACGAGGAAACCGACUAUCUUCUUCAACCGUCCGAAGAUAGUAUACGACUUUUAACGUCGAGAAGACGACGAAUCAACGAUUGUUCCAUAUUCCUUAGGAAUUUUCUUUGCGGGUGUUGUACUUGGAUGUGGAGAAGAUGUUGCAGAAAACGCGAAUUAAGAGCCAGAGUGAUUCAUAUCGGUCAGCCGAUGCAUGAAAAGUUCCCCACUAAUGUUAUACGAAAUCAAAAGUACAAUGUUGUCACUUUUUUGCCCUUGGUUCUCUUCCAACAAUUUAAAUUUUUCCUGAAUUUAUAUUUUUUACUUAUGGCAAUAUCUCAGUUCAUACCGGACAUACGAAUAGGAUACUUGUACACAUAUUGGGGACCAUUAUGUUUUGUGUUAACUGUUACAAUUUGUCGAGAGGCCAUCGAUGACUUCAGACGGUACAAAAGAGACAAAGAAGUUAAUGCCCAGAAAUAUUACAGACUGGUAAAAGGUUUCGAUACGCCGGAAUUGGUACCAAGCUCGAAGUUGAGAGUAGGUGAUCUGGUAAUAGUAGAAAAAGGUCAGAGAGUACCAGCUGAUUUGGUUUUAUUGCGUACGACGGAAAAAUCCGGAGCGUGUUUUGUGAGAACCGAUCAAUUAGAUGGGGAAACAGACUGGAAGUUACGGCUGGCUGUACCGGCUACCCAAAAAUUAGAAUCUAAUUCUCAAUUAUUUGAUAUAAAAGCAAGUUUAUACGUUGAGAAACCACAGAAAGAUAUACACAGCUUUAUUGGUACAUUCACGAGAUAUGAUGGAUACAGCAGCGAGGAAAGCUUAGGUGUAGACAACACGUUAUGGGCAAAUACGGCUGUAGCGUCAGGUUCCGCUCUUGGUAUCGUUGUAUAUACAGGGCAGGAAACUAGAUCUCUCAUGAAUCAUUCUGCUCCGCGAUCGAAAGUCGGCUUAUUAGAUCAAGAAAUAAAUCAGUUGACGAAGGUCUUGUUUUGCGCUGUGAUCGGCCUUGCGUUGGUAAUGAUGUCUUUGAAAGGAUUUAAUGGACCGUGGUACCGUUAUAUGUUCCGUUUCGUUUUAUUAUUUUCGUACAUAAUUCCGAUCAGUUUAAGAGUAAACUUGGAUAUGGGGAAAGCAUUUUAUGCAUGGUGCAUACAGAGAGAUAAAGAAAUUGCUGGUACAGUCGUGAGAACGACUACUAUACCGGAAGAACUUGGCCGUAUCUCGUAUUUGUUAAGCGACAAAACCGGCACGUUAACUCAGAACAAAAUGGUUUUCAAAAAACUACACUUGGGCAUGAUAUCUUACGGUCAAGAAACAUUUGACGAAGUUAUGAACGUGCUGAAAACGUGCUACUCUGUCAAUUCAAAAACUUCACCGGUGAAACCGGCGGCAUCCUUACAUAGUGGAAAAGUAAGAAGAUCUGAAAGUACUAGAAUAUACGAUGCCGUGCAUGCUUUGGCGUUGUGUCACAAUGUGACGCCGGUUUACGACGAAAUAAAUAAAUCCUCCAACUUGGACACGGUUAGCGUGCAAACAGGGGAAACGGAAGAUUCUGGUUCUAUUCAAAGUCAAACGGAAGCGGACCAGCAUUAUUAUUUGCCAGAACAAAAACGCAAUUAUCAAGCUUCUAGCCCAGACGAAGUGGCAUUGGUGAAAUGGACGGAAGAAAUGGGAUUAGCUUUAGUAAAGCGCGAUCUGAAUAUUAUGCAGUUGAAAGCACCGAGUGGCAAAAUUUUAAACUAUGCAAUUCUGCAAAUAUUUCCAUUCACGUCGGAGACCAAAAGAAUGGGAAUAAUAGUGAAAGAGGAAUCUAGUUCUGAAAUAGUAUUUUAUCUGAAAGGAGCGGAUGUAGUUAUGUCAGGAAUAGUACAGUACAACGAUUGGCUGGAAGAAGUCUGCGGUAACAUGGCUCGAGAAGGUCUGAGAACGCUGGUUGUCGCAAAAAAGAAUUUGACGGAAGAACAAUAUCUCGAUUUUGAAGCAAGACAUUAUGCAGCGAGAAUGAGCGUCAGUGAUCGUGUUUCAAGAGUCGCCGCGGUUGUCGAAAGUUUAGAAAGGGAGAUGGAAUUACUGUGUGUGACCGGCGUUGAAGAUAGACUGCAAGAUAGAGUAAGACCAACAUUGGAAGUGCUAAGGAACGCUGGGAUUAAAAUUUGGAUGCUGACCGGUGAUAAAUUGGAAACUGCAACGUGUAUAGCAAAAUCUUCGCGUUUAGUUUCACGAACGCAGGGUCUUUACGUUUUCAAAUCUGUGGUAACGCGCACGGAUGCUCAUUUGGAAUUAAAUACGUUUCGUAAAAAGCAAGACUGUGCCUUAGUUAUCAGCGGGGAUUCUCUGGAGGUGUGUUUGCAAUGCUACGAACAAGAAUUCUUGGAGCUAGCAUGCGGUUCACCCGCUGUUGUUUGUUGUCGAUGUUCUCCCACGCAAAAAGCCGAAGUUGUCAGUCUUAUCCAAAGACACACAGGUAAAAAAACCGCGGCUGUCGGGGACGGUGGAAACGAUGUAUCCAUGAUACAGGCAGCGGAUGCUGGCAUAGGUCUUGAGGGUCUUGAAGGUAGACAGGCCUCUUUGGCCGCAGAUUUUUCCAUCUCCCAAUUUAGCCAUCUGGCUAAUCUCUUAUUGGUCCACGGACGAAGGAGUUACAAACGGUCUGCUGCUUUAAGUCAAUUCGUUAUUCAUCGUGGUUUAAUUAUCUCGACCAUGCAAGCUGUAUUUUCUGCAGUCUUUUAUUUAUCGUCGGUAUCCUUAUAUCAGGGAUUUUUAAUGGUGGGAUAUGGAACGAUAUAUACGAUGUUUCCAGUAUUUUCAUUGGUGUUGGACAAAGACGUAUCCGGGAAAAUUGCGCUCACCUAUCCAGAGCUAUAUAAAGAACUUAGUAAAGGUCGAUCGUUAUCUUACAAGACAUUUUUCAUGUGGAUUUUAAUAAGCAUAUAUCAAGGUGGAGUUAUAAUGUACGGCGCGCUUAUAAUGUUUGAAGACGAAUUCAUUCACAUAGUAGCCAUUAGUUUCACAGCGCUCGUUCUGACGGAAUUAAUUAUGGUAGCUUUAACGAUCAGAACAUGGCACCACAUUAUGAUACUUGCAGAGAUUUUCUCCUUGGCUCUUUAUUUGUUAUCUCUAGUCGUUCUUAAAGACUACUUUGAUGCCGAGUUCAUCAAGACUACAGACUUCUUGUGGAAAGUAUUGCUGAUAACUUUAAUUUCCUGCAUGCCAUUAUAUAUCUUGAAAUUCCUACGGAAAAGAUUCUCGCCCCCAAGUUACACCAAAUUAUCCUAAGUUACGAAUACAAUAAUUUCACUUUGCAAAAGUAGUUCAUACGGUGAAUUGAGACGGUCUGCUUUGCAUCGAAAUGGUACGAAAAAGUAUUUGCAAAGUAAUUAUCUUUGAUUCCCGAUUCGUGUCCUUUGCUCAGUAUGAAAUAGAUAAACGCUCAUUUUGUAAAUCUCCUCACUAUUUUUCUAACUAUGCUGCAAAUAAUCAAUAAAUACAAACUUUACAACUUUAACAUUAAAGCGCAACUGUUAACGAAGUUUUCGAAUUUCCUGUGCUAUCGAUAUUAUACUGAGCAUUUCAACUGGACCAACCCGAUGAAUCGAAAUCAAGCUUGUUUCUUUCGGAUUUUUAACUAAAGAUAAAUUAUUCCAUUAAUCAAUUAACGUGUAAAAUUAAUUGUUCAUCGAUAACGUAUAAAAGUUAAUUAUCCUCUAUUUAUUCAGUUUAGGUUAAAAUGCAUUAAAAUUUCGAUAACUGUAUAGGGACUCUUGAAAUUUAGCUGUUCGAUCAUGUUAUGUUACUGUUUUAUUUAUAAAAUUAGCGCGUUUUUUCCCUUCCAUGAAAUGUGUUCGCAUAACAUACAGCAUUUAAUUACAGUUUCGCAUAAUAUUUACUGUUUAUAUUCAAUCGUACCAUUUACAGUAUUUUUUUAUAUUAAGUUUAUAAAUCUUAGACGCUUAACUAACUGAAA